GCGGUGACACACGCAUGCGCACACAGAGCCCCGUAAGCGAUGGUGAAAUUCCUGACUUUUAUACGAGGAGUAGGCUUUGAUGGACAGUCACCUCGAUAAAACUGGCAACCAGGCUGACAUUAUCGAUGCUUAGAGCCAUCCCCGUGGCUCGCCAGAAACUUCGCUCUGUUUUUAGGUAGCUAGCAAGGUAACCGCCCCGGGUGCUGCAGAAAGGAGCUGGUCAUCGGAGCUCGUUGACGUUAAACACUGCGCUGCAUAGGAGUCAUCGGCGUGACAGUCCAGACUGCUGCUGCCGAGCCGACUGACAGAGAGUUCCUCUUCAUUGGUGUGAAUGAGGGAGACAUGGCAGACCACACCUCACCUCUGGAGUCCAGCCAGCUUCUCAGCCCUGACCUCCCAAUGCUGGCCUCACCGCCACCCCCAACCAUGGUCAAUGGGGAGGGCCCCCAGCAGGUAAUCCUGGUGCAGGUAAACCCAGGUGAGGCCUUCACUAUUCGUCGAGAGGAUGGUCAAUUUCAGUGUAUCACAGGUCCUGCUCAGGUUCCCAUGAUGUCCCCAAAUGGUUCAGUGCCUCCAAUCUAUGUGCCUCCUGGAUACGUUUCACAGAUCAUAGAAGAGAACGGAGUGCGGCGGGUUCUAGUUUUACCUCAGCAACCAGAGUUCCACCCGGGGGGCCACUCCCCUCUCCAUCACCCUCCACCUCCGCCCCAUGCCCACCUGCCUGCCUUCAUCCCACACCCUGCCAUGAUGCCCCCGCCACCCCACCUGUACACAGGCAUGGCGGGCGGCGUGGGCGACAUGAGCUCUCAGUACAUCUCCCAGUACCACCCAGCUCAUAUCUACUCAGAGCAGGAUUCUCACCCCCAACACGGACGCCCGCCGUAUGCUCACAGAGACGACAGAACUAGCAAGACCUAUGAGCGUCUGCAGAAGAAACUGAAGGACCGUCAUGGUGGUGGUGGUGGUGGAGGGGGAGGGGGAGGAGUGGGGCAGGAGAAGGACAGCACCCCCCCUUCACCACAGAAGACCUGCGGCAGCCCUCCGACGGUGGACAUUCACAACGGCGUCGCGGGGAUAGGGCUGGAGGCGGAGCCGGGGCAGCUCAACGCCGCAGUGGCCGGCUCCUGCAAGCAGACAGCCAGGGGCAGAAACGGAGAGUCAGGAGAGCUAGAUGAGGAAGCUCGAGCCCUGCAAGCAUUAUUGAGUACCAUCAGUACCCCAGUGGUAUCGGACAUUCAGGCCAGGGGAGCAGUAGUAAGCUGGGUCGCGCCCGCCAGGCCAGACAGCGAGAACGUCACUGAGGAGGACGGCCGCGGCCCCCCUGAGCCCCUCAGCUACGAGGUCUCCAUCUCACUUACCGGCAAAGAUGGGAAGUACACAAACGUGUUCUGCGGGGAAGAACUAAGUGCUACCUUAGAAGACCUUCGACCAGCAACAGAUUACCAUGUCAGGGUACAGGCCGUGUGUAGUUGUUUACGGGGAAGUGCAUCGGAGGCUGUGAGCUUCACCACUUCAUGCUGUGAGCCGGAUCUUCCCAACGCACCCAAGAAGGCCAGCGGGACCAAGAACACGCUGGUACUCCAGUGGAAGGCUCCAUGCGACAACGGCUCCAAAAUCCAAAACUACAUUCUGGAAUGGGACGAGGGAAAAGGCACUGGGAUCUAUGAGCAGUGCUACGACGGACCUCAGAAGCAGUACAGAGUGACCAAGCUUUCCCCGGCUUCAAGAUACUCCUUCCGCCUUGCAGCUAAAAACGACAUUGGUGUAAGCGAGUUCAGUGAAGUGGUGGACCUGUUCACCUCAUGCAGUGUGCCAUUGCCACCCUUCCCUCCAGAGCUGGAGAUGACGGGGGUGACCUGGCUGUGUAUGAAGUGGCAGAGGCCCACUAGUUCUCCCAAGGAGGAUGACAUCUACUAUGUUUUGGAGAUGGAGGAGGAAGGCUCGGGAUAUGGCUUCCAGCCAAGCUAUGAUGGCGAUGAGCUCUCCUGCACCGUCAGGAACCUCCACAGGAGUACAAAGUACAAGUUCAGGGUGGCAGCAUACAACUCCGAGGGGAAGAGUAACCCCAGCCAGGUGGUCGAGUUCAUCACCAAUCCUGACAAACCCAGCAGUCCCUGCAGGCCUGUCAUCAGAGGGAAAGUCCUGCCCAACAGCUUCAAGAUGGCCUGGGAGCCCCCCAAGGAUAAUGGUGGCGCGGAAGUCACAAAGUAUGUUGUGGAGCUGUCUGAAGGCUUGAGCGGCUUGUCAUGGGAGCUGGUGUACUCGGGGCCAGCCGGGGAGCACGUGUGUGAAGGCUUGAAGCCCGGCUGCUCUUACCAGACGCGAGUUUACUGCAUGAGCGAGGGGGGGCAGAGCCCGCUGUCGGAGACCCUGCAGGUCCAGACUCCUGCGGUGCCCCCGGGGCCCUGCCAGCCCCCUCGGCUGGUGGGCAAGCCCAAAGCCAGGGAGGUGCAACUGCGCUGGGGUCCCCCGAAUGUAGACGGAGGCAGCCUGGUGUCCUGCUACAGCGUAGAAGUGAGUGGGCCGCAGUCUGAGGAGAGCAGGGAGGUUCACCAGGGUCCAGAGCUGGACUGCUCCGUGGGAGGAUUGAUGCCCGGCAAAACCUACAGCUUCCGGCUCAAAGCAGCGAACAAGGCCGGGUUUGGACCGCUAUCGGAGCGCUGUGAGGUUACAACCGCCCCCGGGGCCCCUGAGCAGUGCAAGGCUCCUUCCACCACAUGCAAAUCCCCCAGUUGUGUUAUUGUGAGCUGGGAGGCCCCUCCUUGCAACGGAGCGCCGGUCACAGAGUUCCGCCUGGAGUGGGGUGCUGCUGAGGGCAGCAUGCAGGUGUGUUACAGUGGACCAGCCCUCAGCCACGAAAUCAAAUGGCUGCUCCCUGCAACCAACUAUUUCUGUAGGAUACAGGCUGGGAACCUGGCUGGCUUGGGGCCCUUCAGCGAGGCGGUGCUGUGCCAGACGCCCUGCUCCGUGCCCGCGGCCGUCAGCAGCAUCCACGCGCUGAAGGAGUCCGCCCUGCGAAGGCUCGAGGCCCCGGAGGAUGAGGAUGACGAAGACGAGGAGGACGAGGAUGACGGUUCCCGGACGCCCCCGCUCUACUCCCCGUCCAGCUGCCUGGGCCUGAGCUGGGACGCGCCGUGUGACCACGGCUCGGAGAUCACUUCCUACCUGAUUGACCUCGGCGAGCGGCAGCCCGUCGCUGUCGGCCCCGUCACCAAACACAUCAUACAGAAUCUGCAGCCCGACACCAGCUACAGGAUCCGAAUCCAAGCCCUGAACAGCCUGGGAGCAGGGCCCUUUAGUCACACCUUUAAGCUGAAGACGAAGCCCCUGCCCCCACAGCCACCCCGCCUGGAGUGCACCGCCUUCAGCCACCAGACCCUCAGGCUCAAGUGGGGCGACGGCCCAGCCAAAGCCGCCGCCUCGGACGCCCUCCAGUAUCAGCUGCAGAUGGGGGACAAGAGCGGCAGAUUUCUAUCCUUGUAUAAAGGACCCUGCCACACUCACAAAGUCCAAAGGCUUAAUGAGUCUACCUCUUACACGUUCCGCAUCCAGGCCUUUAAUGAGGCGGGCGAAGGGCCCUUCUCCACUGUUUACACGUUCACCACCCCACGCUCUCCUCCAGUCCCCGUGAAAGUCCCUAAAGUGGAACGUAUGGACGACAACUCCUGCGAAGUCACAUGGGAGGCCCUGCCGCCCAUGAAGGGAGACCCAAUCCUUUACACCCUGCAGUGCAUGAUGGGGAACUCUGAGUUCAAACAGGUCUACAAAGGCGCCGUCACAUCUUUCCACGUUCAGAACCUGCAGCCCAACAGCGACUACCGUUUCAGGGUGUGCGCGGUCAGGCAGUGCCAGGAUGCCCCUGAGCUGAGCGGCCCCUACAGCCCCACGGUGACCUUCUCUCCCCAGCGGAGCGACGUGGCGGUGGGCGCCGGCGCGUCCACCUCGGGCUCCAGGGCCAGCGUCGAGUCCAACCGGAGCAGACGGAGCAUGACGGACGAGCAGUGCGCGUUCCUCCUCCUCAUGGUGUUCGCCGUCAUCGCCAUCCUCAUCGCUUUUGUCAUCCAGUACUUUGUCAUUAAAUGAGCAGUUUGCACCACCCAGCUGCAGGGUUAUAGCUUUAUUCUUUCCCUCUCUUUAUGUUGUUUUGUAUUCUCCGUUUUGUACCUCUUGUUUUUUUGUUUUUUUUUAAAUGUCUUUUGCUCCGCCCCCACCCCUCUCGCCCCCACCUGCUGUUGACCGAGUAAUCCCGUUUAGCUGCAUUGUGGUGCGGGGGAAGGGAAGGCUAGUGAGUAAGUUAAAACGGGAGGAAACAACACCUUAUUUGGUAAACGUGACUCCUGGUCACCCAGUCCCAAUGUUGUGGUGUUUGUUUCAUUGUGGUCCGCUUCCAACGCGAAAGAAAGUGCAGAGAAAUGGUUUAUUGUGGGGAGAAGGUGGGGGAGAUGUGCUUCGACUCAUGUCCUUGUCGAUUACAGGAUAUACAUAGAUAUACACAUAUAUAUCUAUAUAUGUAUAGAAAUAGUUGUUAUUUAUAUUUCCAUUUAUGUAUCUAGAAUGAAACCGCUUUUGAUAGCUGUGUUCCAGAAAUAGUAUGUAGGUGAGUCUUUAGCCAAUAUGCUGUUUGAUCCUGGGACCUGAAGGGCCAGUGUUUGCACAGUGGGGGUGUGUGUCCAGAUGUGUACACUGUAUGUAGUCCACAGAGGUACACGGCUGGGGGGGCUUCAGGGCUAGACGAAGGGACUCGACCCCCUGCUGGAGUUUAAGGGUUCUAAUGCGAGAGGAAACGAGAGAGAAUCUUGUUCAUAUGUUCAUUUAGCACUUUCCAAAAAUUUUUGAUGUUCAGAAUGUUUAAGGAUGCAAAAAUGACUGGAAAAAUGUUAGUAUAUUUUUGUACAGUGAAGACACAAGGACCUGUAAGUUUGAGGGGGGAAAAAAAAACUCAAAAUAAGGUUAGAAAACAAACAAAAACCAAACUAACAGCGAAUUCUAAUUUUUACUAUCAUAUAGUUAUACUGCUGCUUUACUCCGAAAUAUUGUUGUUCAGCACAAAAAAUGUAUGCUUACCUGUAUGUUUUUGUUUUAUUUGUUUUUCCCCAGUAAUUGAUUUUGCACCUUAGUGAAAGAAAACCUCGACUGACUGCGUGCGUCUUGGUCUUGUGAUGCAUUUUAUAGAAAACACUUUGAGAUUGUGCAACCCUACAUGUGUUUUGGGUGUUUUUAAAAGUUGUAGUACCACAUAAUGUGUCACUGAAACAGCUGAUAUUCUCAGCAAAAACAAAAAAAAAGAGGAUUUAAAAAAAAAAGUAUGUACCAGUUGUUUCGGAGGCCUUAAUUGGAGAGGAAAAAAAUCUCGGGAGAAUUUUCUUAAUUUCUCGUAAGUUUUGAUGUAUUUUUUUCUUUUCUUUUAGUGUAAACUUUAAAAUGCAUUAUAUUUACGUUUUUUUUUUUUUUUGCAACACUUAUUUGAUGUUAGUAACCACACGUAAUCGGGAGAGAAAUGCAAAGUAGUUCUGUGUUAAUUGUGAUUUUCUUUUUGAUUUUUUUUUUUGUCAGGUCAUACAUGUGUGAAGUAUAUUUUUUUAUAAUAUUGAAGUAAUAUAAGUUAAUACUCUCCAGAGAAAAUAAUAAAUCCUGAGUACUCAUGAAUCAUGGAACGCAAAUGGCAAAUACAAAAAUGUGUUAUAUCAUGUACUUCCUGUGAAUCUAAAUCUGCCUUUUCUCUGUGUGUUAAGUAUUUUGUGACAGACAUCUGAUGCUGAGUUUUCAGUGGUAAUCUGGCUGUAGGCUCUUGUGCUGUCUGGUUUUUGGGGCAGAUAACUGUUGUUACAACCAUAAAAAUGAAAUACAGGUACCUUGCAAAACGUCCCGGAUAAUUACGUGAUUUGGUCUUUCGGGCAUUCUGCAAAUGUCUUCUUGUCAUUUAAAGAAAUCAAAUUCCUAUUUUUGAUAGCGAUUGCAACGUGUGCCAUUUUAACACCUCUCCACCCAGGGCUUACCACCUUUGGUUGGGGAGAUUGACAAAAUGAGUAAAAUAUGCACAAAAAUAGAGACCAUUUUUAUGUAAUUCGAAUGUUUGCAGUUACCUCAUACACCGUACAUUCCAAAAUGAAAAUUUGUUAUACUAUACAUACUACCAGACAUAUCACUUUAAAAUGUUCGUUAUGGGAAAAAUGUAUAAUCAUAGUUAUGUAUCUAAAGUGUAUCUGUAUAGCCAUGAUAUCUACAAAGGAUCCAUGCACAAUAAAAGAUUUAUAAUUCUUAAUCAA